AUGAUACAGAAACGUUAUGACGGCAACAAGGCCUGCCCGAAAAGCGAGUUCCAGUGUGCCAACCGCAAGUGCCUGGCGCCUGUCUACGUGUGCGACGGCUCUGACGACUGCGGCGACGGCUCUGACGAACUCAAAUGCUCCGAACGCCUCUCGCCAACGACCACCUGCAGCCCGCACGAGUUCCGCUGCAACACUUCGGAGUGCGUGCCCGUCAUGUGGAGCUGUGACGGCGACCCCGACUGCCCCGACGGCUCUGACGAGUGGCCGGAGCGUUGCGGCGGUGAAGGUUCGCAACCACGACGCACGGUGAACUGUACGGUGGAGGAGUUCCGGUGCGCCAACGGGGAGUGUGUGAGGCUGACGUGGAAAUGUGACGGGGAUCCGGACUGCAAGGAUAAGUCGGACGAGGCAGAAUGUCCCCUACUGACGUGCAGGCCAGAUGAGUUCCAGUGUGGUGACGGCGCCUGUAUCCACGGUACCAAGCAGUGUAACAAGGUCCAUGACUGUCCUGACCAGAGUGAUGAGGCUGGCUGUGUCAACGCCACUAAGUGUGAGGGGCCCCUGAAGUUCCUGUGUAAGAACGGAGAGUGUAUCGACAGAGCCAAGGUGUGUGACAACGUCAAGGACUGCAAGGACCGCUCUGAUGAGCCCAAGAAGGAGUGUGGGCUCAACGAGUGCACACUCAACAACGGCGGCUGCUCUCACAUCUGCCUGGAUCGACCAAUAGGCUACGAGUGCCAGUGUCCCACCGGGUACAAGCUACUGGACAAGAGGACGUGUGGAGACAUUGAUGAGUGUGAGAGCCCCAAUGCCUGCAGCCAGAUCUGCAUCAACUACAAGGGAGACUUCAAGUGUGAAUGUUACGAAGGCUAUGAGAUGGACCCUGUCACCAAGACCUGUAAAACACAAGGGAAGUCUCCCUACCUGCUGUUCACCAACCGCCAUGAGAUCCGUCGUGUGGACCCGGUGAAGAGGGACUACAGCCAGGUGCUGGCCACCCAGAAGAACGCUGUGGCGCUGGACGUAGACGUGGCCAAUAACCGCCUGUUCUGGUGCGACCGCUUCCACCGCAACAUCUACAGUGCUCUGAUCCCGGAGGCGGGCGACCCGUCCCAGCAGGUGACCCUGGUGGACUCUGGCUUUCUCCUCUCCCCUGAGGGCCUGGCCCUGGACUGGGUCCAACACAACCUCUACUGGACCGACUCGGGUCACAAGACCGUCUCGGUGGCCUCGGCCUACGACGGCCUCAAGCGGAGGGUCCUGGUGAACACGGAGCUCAGCGAGCCCAGAGCUAUAGCGCUGGAUCCACAGCAUGGGUUCAUGUACUGGUCUGACUGGGGCACCCGGGCCAAGAUAGAGAAGGCUGGGAUGAACGGGGUGGACCGACAGGUCCUGGUGUCGGACAACAUUGAGUGGCCCAACGGCAUCACCCUGGACGUAGCCAACAGGCGUCUGUACUGGGUAGACUCCAAGCUGCACCUGAUCUCCAGUGUGGACUUGAACGGGGCUCAUCGCAGGACACACCUGUCCUCCUCAGAGAGACUAGGACACCCCUACGCACUGGCCGUGUUCGAGGACCGUAUCUACUGGACAGACCGGGAGAGGGAGGCGGUGUACAGCGCUAACAGGCUAACCGGCCAGGACAUCAGCACAGUGGCCGAGCACCUCAACGACCCCCACGACAUAGUGGUCUUCCACCCGCUCCGUCAGCUACCAGGCCCAGACAGCUGUAACCUGGGCAGUGAGGACAACGGUGGCUGUGAGUACCUGUGUCUCAAAGCCCCCCAGAUCACGGAGCACUCCCCCAAAUACACCUGCGCCUGCCCCACAGGACAGGACCUGGGCCCCGACAUGCGCGCCUGCGUGCCAGAUACUACCACAUCGUCGAUCUGUGGCCAUCACCAUGGCAACGGUCGCUCAACGACAAGGACUCCCCACGCACUUCUGGGUCGUCCCAGGCAGACGCGGGUGCCCGACCUCACCCCAGCCCCCCUCUAUAGGCUUCGUCUCGUCAAGGAGGACAGCAACCUCUCCCACCACUCUGGAAGUGAGCAUUUCCUCCUAGGUGAGAACAUGACAGUUGCAGUUCUGGGAGUAGUGAUCCCCAUAGUUCCUAUUGUUGCCACAGUGAUCUUCGGCCUGCUCUGCACUGGGGUCUACCUGGUUUGGCGGAACUAUCGGAAAACGCCUACCAAGAGCAUGAAUUUUGACAACCCUGUCUACCGCAAGACCACGGGCGAGGGCGAGGAGGAUGAGAUUCACAUCGGCCGGACGGACGGCGGCUGGGUGGCCACCACGGUCACCACCCAUACCCAGCCGGAGUGGGGUGUGGCGUAG